AUGUCGUCGCAAGCCCCUAACCGCACCCUAUGGGAUGCUUUCUCAGGCAUCCCAACCGAGAUGCAAAUUGCAAUACUGCAAUACCUACCAAAGAGGAAACUGGUUCUCUUCGCCCAGCUCAACAGCAGAUGUUUUGAUCUCGCUAUCGAAGUGAGAUGGAAAGAAGCCGAGCUGUCUGCACUCACGCGGGUGCCGUCUCGCAACGGCAGAAGACAAACGUAUGCCAACCAAGUUAGGACUCUCCGCGUUGGACAGAUAUCCUCAGAGACUUUAUCUAGCGUGUUGGCUCUCGACUUCCCCAAGCUUCGAUCCCUGAAGAAUGUUGAUAUCACUCGGUGCGACGCAGCUGCUUUGAAUCUCGUUCGCCACUUCGCCCAGCUCCACAGUAUAAACAACUUGGACAUGUUAUCAUCCCAGUGGGUCCCUGAAACUUUUAUCGGGGCGGUUCGCAACUUCAGGCAUCUGAAACGGCUCAAUAUCAACUUCGCCUUGGGGUCCUCUCUCGACCUCAAGCCCCAAAACGCCAUCUCAUGGCCAAACUUGGAGCACGCUUUGGUGCGAUUUGGCCGCGGCAGGCCUCCUAGAAGCCUGGUUCAGGAUCUUCGAAAAUGCCCCUGCCUCAAGAAGUUGAAACUCAGCACAGAGCGGCUUCCUAAAUCAACCCUUCUCGAGCCGUCAGUUGCCAGCGGCGCGGCCGGCUUUGAAGCACUCCGGCACCUUGACAUUCGCAUCAGCCACCACAGUGCCAUUCAGGAAAUCUCACGGCUCACUGACCUGACUAGCCUGACAAUAGAUUUAGGCGACACCGUUUAUUUCCCCUCCACCAGUUUUUCCCAACUCGCCAAGCUUCAGGAGUUGAAAAGUCUUUCUCUCACUAACACGAGACAACCCAACUGGCACCCCGUUUUGAACCCGAAAGUUAAGCAAUCUGAUAUCCUUGACUUGCUUCGUCACCUCCAACAGCUCGAAUACUUCAGCUGGAAUCUCGAAAAUGUUCUCGACACCCGCGGACUUAUCGAGGGGAUCGCGCGCCUCCAGACGAAAUUGCAGAAGACCCAUCUCGGUUUCGCCGUGUAUAUUCCCGAUAUUUUUGAGCGUAAAGACGUUACGAUAAAGACUCAGAAAAGCCUCCGGAUCCUUCGUAUACGGAAUAUGCUGUUCGAAACACAUCUUUCUGACUACGAGGCGGAGCACCUGGCUGCUCGAACAGUCAAGGCUUUGUUCCCAUCACUCGAGGUUCUUGAAGUGGAGGCGGAAGGCUUCCUAGAAAAAUGGUGA